GUUGUCCCCACCAAGGUCUCAUACUCUAGACAUUUCUUUUAGCCGUUUCUUCUUCAUCUGACACGUAAAAUUCCACUGUUUCAUCUUCAAUUUCUGCUUUGUUCUUAGUAUUCAUCUGAAGCAUUAAUUUCUCAACCUCAGGAGUAAAUCUGAUGAAUGAAAUUCCUUCCAUAGAAAUGAUCUUCACACAACAAGAGAUGCUGCUCUUCUGUUAUGAAAUUCUUUACUUUUAUUAAGUUCUGGCAAAUCUGAGUACCACUGCUCUUAACUAAUUUUAUUUUCUUCCUCUUCUAGUCAUUUCUUAGUUUCUGAGUCCAGUCCUCUUUGCAUGAACUUCAUGUGCAGCAGGUUCUUGGAGAACUUGGUCUUGUGCUCAGGUGCCAUGCUGGCUUCAGCUUGUGCUGUAUUCUGGCCACCUGCUGUUUCUUAGUUAAGAGACUAGAAUGAGAAAGUUACAUAUAAGGAUGUCAGUUGGUAGUAUUAUUGAAGGAAGAAUAUGUAGGGGGUGAUGCUUAUUUAUUGUCUGUAUACCCCACUGGAAUUGUUGCUCCAAGAGGGCGUGAACUUUGUUAUGUGAAUUGUGGGGUGUGCCUACGUAUAGGACAAAGCUUGGCACAUGGUAGGUGCUUAGUAAAGGCUUGUUGAAUGAAUGAGUAAAUUUACAAGUCUUAAAUAUUUUGAGGAAAAAUCUUACUGUAAUCUCCAUUUUAUUCCUUUUUUUUUUUUUUUCGGAGACAGAAUCUCACUCUGUCCCCAGGCUGGAGUACAGUGGCACAAUCACAGCUCACUGCAACCUCUGCCUCCUGGGUUCAAGCAGUUCUCCUGCCUCACCUUCCCAAAUAGCUGGGACUACAGGUGAGCGCCAUCACACCUGGCGAAUUUUUGUAUUUUUGGUAGAGACCAGGUUUCAUCAUGUUGGCCAGGUUGGUCUCGAACUCCUGACCUCAAGUGAUCCGCCCACCUCAGCCUCCCAAAGUGCUGGGAUUACAGGCCUGAGCCACAACGCCUGGCUGAAACAGAGUCUUGUUCUCUUACCCAGGCUGGAGUGCAGUGGUGUGACUACAGCUCACUGUAGCCUUGACCUUCCCGGCUCAGGUGGUCUCUCACCUCAGCCUCCCCAGUAGCUGGGGCUGCAGGCACAUGCCACCACUAUUUUUUUUUUUUUUUAAUUUUUUGUAGAGAUGGGGUUUUGCCGUGUUGCCCAAGCUGGUCUUGACCUGCUGGGCUCAAGUGAUCCUCCUGCCUUGGCCUCCCAAAGUGUUGGGAUUAUAGGCAUGAGCCACCACACCCAGCCUUGGUAGAGGUUUAUUUGUUUGUUGUUGUUUUGAGGUAGCGUCUCCCUGUGUUGCCCAGGCUGGAGUGCAGUAGCAUAAUCUUGGCUUACUUGCAACCUCCAUCUCCUGGGUUUAGGUGAUCUUCAGCCUCCCAAGUAGCUGGGACUACAGGCGCAUGCCACCGUGCCCAGCUAAUUUUUAUAUUUUUGGUAGAGACGCAGUUUUGCCAUGUUGCCUAGGUUGUUCUCGAACUCCUGGCCUCAAACAAUCCACCUGCCUUGGCUUCUCAAAGUGCUGGGAUUAUAGAUGUGAGCCACUGUGCCCAGCCUCUGGGUAGGAUUUUCUAAGCAAUCAAUGUUGUAUUCUUAAUUGAACAUGUAAAAAGUAAAGUAGAGAUUCCUCUUCAAAGACUUCCCCCCCAUCUAAUUAGAAAUAAAUAGUAACUUCUCUUAAAAGCAAAAUUUAUUCAAAGAUCUGUGCUAACAAUCCUAAAUACCUGCUAGCUGUAAUAAAUAAAUCAGUGUACUUUAUGUUCUUAGCUCCCACAAUGUAGCCUAAAUAUUUGCCCUGGCAUGCUUAUACUGGUCCAAGCAAGCAUUAGGACAUAGCCUGUUCAAAGGUGUUUUUACCUUUCUCAGCAUUCCACAAGUUUACUCCUUCCUUUGUUCUCCUCUGCCUUUGCCUUUUUUUUUUUUUUUUUUUUUUUUUUUUGAGAUGGAGUCUCGCUCUGUCGCCCAGGCUGGAGUGCAGUGGCAUGAUCUCGGCUCACUACAAGCUCCGCCUCCUAGGUUCACGCCAUUCUCCUGCCUCAGCCUCCCGAGUAGCUGGAACUACAGGCGCCUGCCACUACGCCCAGCUAAUUUUUUUGUAUUUUUAGUAGAGACAGGGUUUCACUGUGUUAGCCAGGCUGGUCUUGAUCUCCUGACCUCGUGAUCUGCCUUCCUCGGCCUCCCGAAAUGCUGGGAUUACAGGCGUGAGCCACCACGCCUGGCCUUCUUUGCCUCUUUUUGAAAGUUGUAAGUUGCUAGCCUAUCAGGACAAAUACAAAAUGUGAGGUCCCGUUCCAGCCAAUAAAAACCGGACACAGCAGUAGGAUAGACGCGUCAGGUUAUAAAUGACCCUGUCUCCUUUGCUUGGUGUACUUUCAUGGCAAAACUGCUGGCAAGUGUAUCCUUUCUGCAGAAGGUAUAAAUGGCCUUGCUGAGAAAAUUAAAUUUAUGUUCAAGUGCUAUUUCUUUACGGCACUGAGGAACAAGCAUUUCUUUUUUUUUCUUUUUUUUAAGAUGGAGUCUCGCUCUGUUGCCCAGGCUGGAGUGCAGUGGCAUGAUCUUGGCUCCACCUCCUGGGUUCACGCCAUUCUCCUGCCUCAGCCUCCCGAGUAGCUGGGACUACAGGCACCCACCACCACACCCGGCUAAUUUUUUGUAUUUUCAGUAGAGACGGGGUUUCACCGUGUUAGCCAGGAUGGUCUUAAUCUCCUGACCUUGUGAUCCACCCGCCUCGGCCUCCCAAAGUGCUGGGAUACAGGCGUGAGCCACUGCGCCCGGUCGGAACAAGCAUUUCUAACAAACAUACGGAGUCUCGCCGUGUUGCCCAGGCUGGAGUGCAGUGGCGCCAUCUUGGCUCACUGCAAUGCGCCUCCGCCUCCCGAGUUCAAGCGAUUCUCCUGCCUCAGGCUCCUGAGUAGCUGGGACUACAGGUCUCAACAUCAGAUCUGAAAUAUUUAAAGUGAAUACAAAACUAUUUCAGCAAUGCAGACAAUUAAGUGUGUUGUUGUGGGUGAUGGUGCUGUUGGUAAAACAUGUCUCCUGAUAUCCUACACAACAAACAAAUUUCCAUCGGAAUAUGUACCGACUGUUUUUGACAACUAUGCAGUCACAGUUAUGAUUGGUGGAGAACCAUAUACUCUUGGACUUUUUGAUACUGCAGGGCAAGAGGAUUAUGACAGAUUACGACCGCUGAGUUAUCCACAAACAGAUGUAUUUCUAGUCUGUUUUUCAGUGGUCUCUCCAUCUUCAUUUGAAAAUGUGAAAGAAAAGUGGGUGCCUGAGAUAACUCACCACUGUCCAAAGACUCCUUUCUUGCUUGUUGGGACUCAAAUUGAUCUCAGAGAUGACCCCUCUACUAUUGAGAAACUUGCCAAGAACAAACAGAAGCCUAUCACUCCAGAGACUGCUGAAAAGCUGGCCCGUGACCUGAAGGCUGUCAAGUAUGUGGAGUGUUCUGCACUUACACAGAAAGGCCUAAAGAAUGUAUUUGACGAAGCAAUAUUGGCUGCCCUGGAGCCUCCAGAACCGAAGAAGAGCCGCAGGUGUGUGCUGCUAUGAACAUCUCUCCAGAGCCCUUUCUGCACAGCUGGUGUCGGCAUCAUACUAAAAGCAAUGUUUAAAUCAAACUAAAGAUUAAAAAUUAAAAUUCGUUUUUGCAAUAAUGACAAAUGCCCUGCACCUACCCACAUGCACUCGUGUGAGACAAGGCCCAUAGGUAUGGCCCCCUCUUCCCCCUCCCAGUACUAGUUAAUUUUGAGUAAUUGUAUUGUCAGAAAAGUGAUUAGUACUAGUUUUUUUUUGUUGUUUCAAAAAAAAAUUUUUGUUGUUGUUGUUGUUUUUUUUUUUUUUUUUUUUUUUUUUUGUUGGUUUGUUUAAAAGCAAGGCAUGCUUGUGGAUGACUCUGUAACAGACUAAUUGGAAUUGUUGAAGCUGCUCCCUGGUUCCACUCUGGAGAGUAAUCUGGGACAUCUUAGUGUUUUUUUUUUUUUUUUUCCCUCCUCUUUUUUUGGGGGGAAUGUGUGUGGGGUUUGUUUUUUAGUCUUGUUUUUUUAAUUCAUUAACCAGUGGAUAGCCCUUAAGGGGAGGAGGACGGAUUGAUUCCACAUUCCACUUCCUAGAUCUAGUUUAGAAAACAUGUUCCCCAUCUGGUGCUCUUAGGAAGGAGUAUAGUAAAUGCCUCAUUUAAUAACAUACUCCUUUUUGAAAGUUGCCUUUUCUCUCCACCCUUGAGUAGAUCCAGUAUUUGAUGAAACUCAUGAAAGUGGGUGGAGCCUGUCUUGCCCCUCCUCUUUUCUAGGACGCACUAUAUGUGACUGUGACUUUCAAGGACAUUUGUUUGCCAUUCGCUGAUUUUUUUGGGAAGUUAAUUUCUAACUUCUUUCACUGAUAAAUGAAGAAAAGUAUUGCACCUUUGAAAUGCACCAAAUGAAUUGAGUUUGUAAUUAAAAAAAUUUUUUUCCCUUUCAGUCAUUGUCUUAUAUGCUUAGCAUAGAUUUGCAGCUCAGUAGUAUAUGGUGUUCCUAGAAUGCAGCUGAAGACCUGGUAUGUAGAGGAAAUACGAGGGGUGGUGCUAGAAGACAGACAUCUGUGGAAUGAUUCACAUCCUCUCAAGUUAGGAGGAUGGAGGCCUGCUUCAUUAAGAAGCUGGGGGUAGGGUGGGGGUGGGGAGAACACUUAACAACAUGGGGACCAGUCAGGGGAAUCCCCUUAUUUCUGUUUUGCAUAUGAGGAACCCUAGAGCAGCCAGGUGAGGCUCUCUAGUUUAAUAAAAAUCAUGGAAAGAGUCUUAUGCAGACUCUUCUUAAGUGUUAAUAGGGAUUUUAUCAGCUUAUUUUGGUUGCAGUUUCCAAUUUUUAAAAAUAUUGAGGUAAUCUUUCCCACCUUCCCAAUCCUAAUUCUUGUAGAUUCAUUAGUGUUGAACCAAUGCUUUCUCAUGUCUCAAUUCUUUGUAUAUGCAUUCUUUUCAGAUGUAUUAAACAAACAAAAACCCUUCACAA